AUGUCGAAUAACGAAAGCAACAACACAGCAGCAGCACAACCAACUGGUGCUUUGGAUGCAGUUUUUGUGGAAUCCGUUGAAAUGCCCGAAGGAUCUGUUCUCAUCCAGGGCCCUGAUUUCAACAAGAAGUUAUCGCUUUCAGAACUAUUAGGCUCUUACAAGCAAAUUGGGUACCAAGGCAGUAGUCUUGGUGAGGCCAUGGAAAUCAUCAAGGAAAUGAGAAAAUGGCGUCUUUCUGAUGAAGCAGUUCUUCCCGAUGAAGCACCAGAAUACCUCGACCCUGAAGUGCGCAAAAAGACCAAAUGUAAGAUUUUUUUGGGCUACACAUCCAACUUGGUGUCAUCCGGCUUGCGUGAGAUUAUCAGAUUUUUGGUUCAGCACAAGAUGGUCGAUGUCAUUGUCGCUUCUGCUGGUGGUGUCGAGGAAGAUUUCAUCAAAUGCCUUGCUCCUACUUACCUCGGUGAAUUUGCAUUGAAGGGCAGUGAUCUCCGUAAGAAGGGACUGAAUCGUAUUGGCAACUUGCUGGUCCCCAACAACAACUACUGUAAGUUUGAGGACUGGGUCGUCCCUAUUUUUGACAAGAUGUUGGAGGAGCAAAAGGAACAAGGCAUCACUUGGACUCCCUCUACCAUGAUUGAGCGUCUUGGUAACGAGAUCAAUGAUGAGUCCAGCAUCUACUACUGGACCUCCAAGAACAAGAUCCCUGUGUUCUGUCCUGCUAUCACGGAUGGUUCCUUGGGCGACAUGAUCUACUUUCACUCUUACAAAAACCCUGGAUUGAUUGUGGACAUUGCUGCUGAUAUCCGUGCCAUGAACAACCAAGCUGUAUUCGCUAAAAAGACGGGCAUGAUCAUCUUGGGUGGUGGUGUGAUUAAGCAUCACAUUUGUAACGCUAAUUUGAUGAGAAACGGUGCUGAUUACGCUGUCUACAUCAAUACUGGCCAGGAAUUCGAUGGUAGUGAUGCCGGUGCUCGCCCUGAUGAGGCUGUUUCUUGGGGCAAAAUCCGCGCUGAUAGCAAAUCCUGCAAGAUCUACGCAGAUGCCACGCUUGUCUUCCCAUUGAUUGUUGCAGAGACAUUUGCAAAAGAAUUCCAUCAAGAAAAAUCUGCAUAA